AUGGAUAGGCUCGCAGACAAGCUCGAACAGGGCAAGCUUUACCUCCGACGACCCAUCCAUCAAGUCUUGCCUCCUAGCCUAUUGCUCCACCUUGUACCGCCACUGCCUCCUCUACGCUACAUCCUGGUCGGGCUUGCAGCUCUGUUGCUUCUGCUGCUUCGAGUCUGGCUGAUCCUUCCUGGAACAAGUCACCGUCGAGCAGCGCAAAAGCCGACAACGCAUCGCAGUUAUACCGUGGCUGCCUUCCUCGGAUCCGGCGGACACACCACUGAGCUGCUGCAACUCGUCUCGGCAUUACCGACGCAACGCUACGCUCGGCGCAUCUAUCUCGUUUCGUCAGGUGACCGGUUCAGCUGGAAAAAGGCAAACGACCUAGAACGUACCCUAUCUGCAGACCGCACUUCUUCGGCCCAUGUGCUCCAAAUUCCUCGCGCAAGAAACGUUCACCAGAGCUUUGUCACGACGCCCUGGACGCUGGCGAAAAGCAUCGCAUUUUGCCUACACCACGUUGCCUUGCGUCCACUUACUCGACCUUGCAACAAAAGCAACCGUGUCUUGGCAGAUGUAAUACUCAUGAAUGGUCCAGGCACCUGCGUUCCCAUCGUCAUCGCAGUAUACCUUCUUCGAGUCCUUGCUCUACCUUCACCCAAGCUCAUCUACGUCGAGUCCUUCGCUCGAGUCAAAUCGCUCUCGCUCACCGCAAAGUUGAUCCGACCCUUUGUCGAUCGUUUCGUGCUCCAGUGGCCACGACACGCUUCCGACCUCACACCAGCCGUCAAAGCAAAAGCAACGCCAAACACAGUCUACUCUGGUUGGCUCGUCUAA